AUGCUGGGCUGGGCGAUGGGAGGGUUCGCUGGGCAUAGCUUGCAUCGAUGGGCCCCGGUUGCAGCGCCAGCGCCGGCGGAGGCAGCUUCGGGAGCCAAGAAGCAGCAUUGCAGCCGUGGCAGCGUGGGAUGGGAGGGCAUCGGAGACCACGAGUUCGAGAAGCGGAAUGGAAAAGCGAGAUGGGACCGCAAGACCACAUGUCGAUACAAUCCAGUCCAGUGCAGUGCCCAGCAAGGCCCGGCUGCCGUCACAUUGCUCCCCGUUCCAGAAGCAACUGGAUGGUGUUAG